AUGGCACAUAGAAAACUCCAGCAGGAGAUAGAUCGUGUCUUCAAAAAGGUCAAUGAAGGCCUUGAGAUUUUUGAUAUGUAUUAUGAGAGACAUGAGAAUUGUGUCAAUAAUCCAUCACAAAAAGAUAAAUUGGAAUCUGAUUUGAAGAGAGAGGUUAAAAAGCUUCAACGACUUAGGGAACAGAUUAAAUCAUGGCAAAGUUCUCCCGAGGUGAAAGAUAAAGAUUCUCUUUUGAAUCAUAGGCGAUCGGUGGAAGUAGCGAUGGAAAAAUAUAAAGCUGUCGAAAAGGCUUCAAAAGAGAAGGCUUACUCAAAUAUAAGCUUGAAACGAUCCGAUGUACUUGAUCCACUCGAAAAGGAGAGACGAGAUGUGGAAGAAUUCCUAUCAAAUCAGAUAGAGGAACUAGAAAGACAAUUUGAUCUACUCCAAAUUGAUGUAGACAGGCUGAUAUUGUUGCAAAAGAAGAGAAAAACAGCAACUCCAGAAAAUGAAAAAGAACUGCAACGCUUCAAGGAUCUACAGGGAAGAUACAGGUAUCACCAGCAACAAAUGGAAUUGGCUUUAAGGUUGAUUGCGAACGAAGAGCUUGAACCGCAACAGGUUAGAGAUAUUGAAGAGGAGAUAUUAUUCUACGUUGAAGAAAACCAAACCGAAGGGUUUGUAGAAGAUGACAGUAUUUAUGAAGGUUUAGAUUUACAAUCGAAUGAAGCAAUUGCUCACGAAGUAGCUGCUGCAUUUGCAUCUAGAGCAGCAGGUGAUGCGAGUGGAGAUGAUAAUGAAAGUAAAGACGGCAAACUUUCGAAGAAAGAGCUCAGGAGAUUGGAAAGAGAGGCUAAGAAGAAUGCUAAGGCAGCUGCCAAGACUACUGCCCUAGAUGAGAACCCAACACCUGUAAUAACGGGCAAGAAACUCCCUGACCUGGCAAAUGAAAUGCAGGAAGCUGAUUCUCAGGACAGCAUCACGAUACCUGAAACACCAACACCACCGCCGUCAAAAAGUGUAUCGCCGUCUCCUCCAGUCACAGCAGGGUCAGCCAAUGUCCCUCUUACGACAGCUAAUACUACAGCUCCUUCAAAGCCACAUACUCCGUUAGCAAAGUCAGCUCAUCUUUCUUCGAAUCCAACUUCGCAAGCGUCUCUAAGUCCAGAUAGUCAACCGCAUGGCUUUACACAUAUACAUCAGUCCCUGAACGGUCUCACUACUACAACUUUGAAACCUGCACCUGUUAAACCAAUAAGUGAAAACAAAUGGGCAUUGGCGACUGAAAAGAAAUUGGCAAGUUUGAAAGCCAAAAGUUUGGCUUCUGCUCCAGUUACUACAAAGGUAUCACUGACGCCUACAAAUAUGCUUCCUGGAGCUAGUACAGUAGCUUUACCAAUGGUUUCUAAACCGCUAGAGCCUACACUGUCAAUUUCAAACAGCAUAAAAAUAAUUCCUCAAGAGUUACAGGGUAAUAACACAGUAAAGCAACAUACUGGUGAUGCAACGGAACCAGACCUAAUUCUCGAUGAUUAUGACGCGGAGUCAACUGACGAUGAACUCGAAAAUGAACCAACUCCAGAGAUCUUCACAGCCGAACAAAUAUCAUCCAGAUUGACUCUCUCGAAUGAGGUUCAGGACUCCUUAUAUUCAGAUUUGGAACUUCUCACCUUACCAGCUGGUAUUAAAGACUUCGUAAUGGGAUCGGUAAUUUCAAAGAACAAACUUUAUCCAAAUGACGGGAAGUUAGGAGGAUAUAGGAGGUAUUAUGACAUAUGCCAACCAUGCAGAUUAAAUGAAAUACCUUCUGGAGUUUUUCCACCGCAACCGCUGGAUGUCGCAAGAUGCACCCAACAGUGGGAUCAAGUAAUUCUUUCGUUGAAUAUCGAUGGACUUACGGUGGAGACGGUACCUAAAGAGUUUGAAAACUUGGAAACGUUCACACUAUUCUACCAUUAUUAUUUUAGUGUGACGCCCCUAGAACAAAGGAUUUGUGCUCUUCUUUUGAAACAAAGGGAAUGGAGGGUAUUGAAAACAGGUGACUGCUGGUUUUUAAGACAAGGAGCCGUUAAGUUUUCAAAUGAUCAAUGCGAAGUUGCUGAUUAUAAAAUUUUCAAAAUGGAUAUUUGGACUGUUGUUGAUAAGCUGAACUUCAAGUUGGAUUACUCUCUACUUGCAGAUGUGGCAUCGCUGGGUCAAGUUGAUCAUGCGGAUCAUGCAGACUCAUCAGUAAACCUGCCAACAUUUGGCAAACAGCUGCUUCAAACUUUGAAGCACGGCAAAGUAGAACAACAAUAA